AUGAAGAAGAUAUACGAAGAUACCUCAAAUCCACUGUCAGUGUACAAGUUUGCAGUGAGUGACUUUUUUGGAACACGGCUGUAUGUGAUCAACUAUAGUAAAAACAAACUCCUGACCCUGUCUAGGGAUGGAACCGUCCUGUCAUCCGUGGAAGACUCUGCACUAAUUAGACCUACAGGUGUACACGUGUCAGAGACUGGACAGCUCCUGGUCUGGGGACAUGAUUCAAACACUGUUGUCCAGAUAGAUGGUGAGGUACGAGUGUUGGAUUCCGAGAUAGAUGGUAUUUAUCAUCCGAAGUCUGUGUACUAUAGUGCACGUACUGGCAGGCUGAUUGUCGGACUGUUUGACAACAUCCUAGUGAUACACACGAGGAAACUUCAGUUUAAACAUGACUGUUAUGGAAUCGCACUUUGCAAAGGCAGUCUCUAUGUGACAUCAGGUACUGCCUUGCAUCAGUAUACACUGGAUGGCAGGACAUUGAAGAAGAUCUACGAAGAUACUUCAGAUUCAUUAACAGUCUACAAAUGCGCAGUGAGUACCGAUGGAUCACGGCUGUAUGUAACCAACCGUAGUAACCACAAGCUCCUGACCCUGUCUGUGGAUGGGACUGUCCUGUCAUCCUUGGAAGAUCCUGCACUUCUUAACCCUAUAGGUGUACACGUGUCAGAGGCAGGACAGCUGCUGGUAUGUGGGGAGGGAUCAAACAACCUAGUCCAGGUUGAUGGCGAGCGAGGAAUGGUGACCCUGGCUUCCGAAGAGAAUGGUCUGCAUUAUCCAUACUCUGUUUACUACAGUGAACGAACUAGUAGGCUGAUUGUUGCACAAAAUAGUAAAAACAUUCUAGUAAUAAAGACCAAAUGAGUUAGGUUUAUAAUGUUGUCCACGCAAUAAGUUUGGCUGUGUACAGGAAGUGUUCUAAUAAUGUAAGUUUUUCUAUAAUUUAAUAAUGUUAAUAUUCAAAGUCAUCAUGUAAUUAUCCUGAUGCCAAAUUAUUUAUAUUGUCUGUUUACAAUUUACUUGUUUGUUAAACCUUAUAACAUUAUGUGAUUUUACUCCUAUAUUGUCACAGGUUUAUUGCAGAAAUAUUGUAGCAUAGUAUCUUAAUACUAAAUGUGUUUAUUAUAUUGGAAAGAAAUGUAUCGACACAAGAAAUAAUAAUAAUAGUAAUAAUAGUUUUUACUGUGUUUCACACAAUA